GGAAAGCGGCGUGGCUAAAGGAGGAAGUAGUUGUAGCUGCGUCAACGUGAACAGAUCAUACAGCAUUUGUGGGAAAUUUUGCAAUAAGUCUUUCAUUAUACUGUGUCUGCACGUGUAAGAAACAUGGCCUGUUUCUUCAGAAGAAGUAUUGCAGAAAAGCUGGGUAGGACGCUGCAGCAGUCUGAGGAUGCCUUCAUACCAGCCCUGUCAGCAGUCCCAGUUUUUAAGAAACAUGCUGGUGCUGACUUCAAAUUGUCAAUCAGCGCAUUACGAAGCAGUGAGAUUUUACCAUCCGGUGGUGACAUUCAGCUGCAGACACAAGACUUGGCCACUCAGUUGAAACAGGACAGUGUGGUGGAAGACAUAUCUGCGGGAUGUGGUGUGAUCAACUUUAAAGUUAAUCGCAAACUUCUUGUCCAGAAAAUGUUGGAGCCAUUUGGAAAGGAGGAGGAUGAGAAAUUUGGCUUAAAAAGUGAACUUUUCAAUAAUCUCAAGAGAGGAACAACAUUAGUGGAGUUUAGCUCUCCAAAUAUUGCCAAAAAAUUCCAUGCUGGACACUUGAGAUCUACAAUUAUUGGUAACUUCAUCGCUAACCUAAAGCAGUCCCUUGGAAACAAUGUUAUUCGAAUGAACUACCUCGGAGACUGGGGUAUGCAGUUUGGUUUGCUAGGAGCUGCGUUUGGCCAAUUCGGAUGUCAGGAGAAACUGAAACAGAAUCCCUUACAGCAUUUGUUUGAUGUUUAUGUUAAAGUGAACAAGGAAGCAGAACACAAUGAGGAUAUGAAACAGGCUGCCAGAGACUUCUUUAGACAACUGGAGCAGCAUGAGAGCGAGGCUGUGUCGUUAUGGCAGCAGUUCAGAGAGAUUACAGUGGACGAGUAUCAGCGCGUUUACAAGCGGUUAGGGGUCCGCUUUGAUAUUUACUCCGGGGAGUCCUUCCACCACGAUCAAGCCCAGGAGGUGGUGCAGCAGCUGCAGAGCCGAGGCCUGUUGAAAACCUCUGAGAGAGGAACAGGUGUAGUGGAUCUUUCCCCUGCUGGAGACAUGAGCAGUGUCUGUACGGUGCUCCGCAGUGACGGCACAACGCUCUACAUCACCAGAGAUCUUGCUGCAGCCAUCGAUCGAACAGAAAAGUACCAUUUUGAUGAGAUGAUUUACGUGACAGAUAAAAGCCAAGCAAAUCACUUCCACCAGUUGUUCCAGAUCCUGCUUGCUAUGGGACAUUCAUGGGCCGACAGGUGUCAGCAUGUGCCUUUUGGCCUGGUACGGGGCAUGAAGACCCGGAGCGGUGACGUGGUGUUUCUGGAGGAUGUGCUGGAGGAAGCUCGGGCCAGGAUGCUACACAACAUGAGCCAAUCAAAGACAACAAAGGAAAUGGAAGAUCCGGAGGACACAGCAGAGAAAGUUGGAAUCGGUGCACUAAUAGUCCAGGAUUUCAAAGGUCCACUGCAAUCCGACUACACGUUUGACUGGGACAGGAUGCUGCAGGCUCAGGGAGACACAGGAGUCUUCCUCCAGUACUCGCAUGCUCGCCUCUGCAGUUUAAUCCGGAGGAAUGAAGGUUUAGAGGCAGGCAUCUUUGAUUCAUCCCUUCUACUUGAGGAGACGAGCAUCACCAUCCUGCAGCACCUCCUUUGUUAUGAUGAGGUGUUGUACCGGUCGGCCCAGGAUCUGCAACCCAAGCACCUUGUCAACUUUUUAUUGAAGCUGUGCCACCUGAUCGCCUCAGCACACAGAGAGCUGCCGGUGAAAGGAAGCUCCGAGGAUGUCGCACAGGCAAGGUUAAGACUGUUCAGCGGAGCCUGCUCGGUCCUGGCCAACGGGAUGAGGAUCCUGGGCAUCACACCGGUUGAUAAAAUGUGAAACUCAAAGGUUGUUGUUACUUAAGGUUAUUUCAGAGCUGUAUGUAUCCUACCACUAUAAUUUGUACUGUAAAUUAAAAGCAUUAUAUUUUUUAAAUAAAAAUAUAUAAUAGUA